AUGGCCGAUCCAGAAGUAGCAACCAAAUCUCCAGAGAGCGACGCACUCGAGGACAUUCCCGUCGCCGAGCCUACAGAGCAUACUACUGUACCUUAUAAUACAGUCGAUUCGUCUUUGACCUCUGCUGCCGCGCCAGCUCCGGCUUUGUGCGAUAACUGUACCUCAGACAGACCUACUCCUGCUGGACAAAAAUCAACGGGUGAGAUCAUCAAGCUCAAUGAUAUUGAUGUAUACGUCUCGAAACCGGCCGACUACCCUCACACUCCAUCCAAGCUCCUCCUCCUCCUGACUGGCGGCACCGGCCUUCAUAGCGUCAACAAUCAGAUCCAAGCCGACAGGUUUGCCCAAGAUGGCGGCUUCGUCGUGGUUAUGCCCGAUCUUUUCGAAGGUGACCCAGCGCCCAACUCGACAACUGCACUAAGCCCUGAAGAGCUCCCUACCACUGACGCAGGCACGGGCUCGACUGCCACGACAUCAUCGUUUCUCGACAUCUUCAAGAUCAAAGCCGCCGAAACAGCCAAGAGUUUCCUCAUCGACAUGUGGCUGGCCCGGCACACCGAAGACAAGAUCAUGCCCAUUCUGAAGAAGGUCUUGGACGGGGUGCGCGAUGAGUUUGCCGAUGCGGUAGCCUACGGCGACGGAAUUUAUGCGGCCGGAUACUGCAUCGGCGGUCGAUAUGUUCUCCUGCUGGCGCGCCAGGAGACUCCUGCUCCUCGGAAGGCCUCGAUCAGUGAAAGGUUGAGCGGAAUUACGCUUCCAUGGCAACAUAAGCCUGCUGUUCCUGCUCCUGUUCCUACCGAUUUGGGCAGCAGUGGGGAAAACAACCAGAGCGGUGAUGAUCUCGAAGCGAACAAACAGAAUAAAACGUCGGGUCCGUGGAUCAAAGCGGGAGCGAUCGCGCAUGCGACGCUGGUGUCCAAGGACGAUUUCAAGGGUCUGAAGGCCCCCAUCAGUAUGGUCUCGGUGGAGAAUGACCCCGUCUUCCCGAAUGAGGUGCGCAUCGCGGGCGAGGAUUACAUGAGCGAGAACAAUGUCGAACAUGAGGUACAGGUAUAUCCCGGUGUGCCACAUGGUUUUGCCGUUGUGGGAGAGUAUGAGGAUGCUCAUAUCAAGGAGGCGCAAGCUACCGCUUUUGAGCAGAUGCUACAUUGGCUUGCAGAUCAUUAA